AUUGCGAGUGCAAAGCAAAAUCCAAAAACAAAGACAAACCACGAAUUGGGACCAUUCCCAUCACCACUCUGUCUUGUCCUGUCUCCCAAUCACGGAAUCUCUCUGAAUCGCGGGCUUAAGAGAGGAAUAUGCAACAGAGGCUCAAGUUGCAGCAACAACAAGCCCUCAUGCAGCAAGCCUUGCUUCAGCAACAGCAGAUGUACCACCCUGGCAUGCUCGCCGCUGCUAUGUCGCAGAUGGAGCCUGUUCCAAGUGGAAAUUUGCCACCCGGUUUUGAUACUUCUGCAUGCCGCAGUGUUUAUGUAGGAAAUAUUCAUGUAAAUGUCACCGAUAAACUUCUAGCAGAAGUUUUUCAGAGCGCUGGUCCUCUUGCUGGGUGCAAGCUCAUAAGAAAAGAAAAGUUCAUAACUUGGAAUUGUGUAUGCUGAAAGCUGAGAGCUUUAGAGAGAGAAGAUGCAACAGCUAAGAUAGAUUUCUUUAGAUCCUGCUUGUGUGCUAUAUGUCAAUUGGCAGUAGUCAGUCCCUUUGUGGGGUGCAGAGUGAAAUUCUCCCGACAGUAGCUCUUAGUUUAGCAUCUGCAAAUGCUAUAUUAUUUUCCUAGUCUUCAUGCCUUCUAUCUAUUUCCUCUACUUUCUGAUUUCUGCUGAUUUCUUUGCCCUUUUCUUUUUUGUGAAACUACUGUUACAGUCCUCUUAUGGUUUUGUGGACUACCAUGAUCGAGCAUCCGCAGCCCUUGCAAUAAUGACCUUGCAUGGACGGCAACUAUAUGGUCAAGCACUUAAGGUGAAUUGGGCAUAUGCCAAUAGCAGUAGGGAGGAUACUUCAGGGCACUUCAAUAUAUUUGUCGGUGAUUUGAGUCCAGAGGUUACUGAUGCAACUUUAUUUGCUUGCUUCUCAGUCUAUCCUAGUUGUUCUGAUGCAAGGGUGAUGUGGGAUCACAAAACUGGUCGUUCAAAAGGAUAUGGUUUUGUUUCUUUCCGUGAUCAUCAGGAUGCUCAAAGUGCCAUAAAUGAUAUGACAGGUAAGUGGCUAGGAAAUAGGCAAAUACGAUGCAACUGGGCAACUAAGGGUGCUGGUGCCAGCUCAAACGAAGAGAAGAACAAUGACAGCCAAAAUGCUGUGGUGCUUACAAAUGGAUCUUCAGAUGGAGGUCAAGAUAAUAACAAUGAGGAUUCUCCUGAAAACAAUCCUUCGUACACCACAGUUUAUGUUGGCAACCUUCCCCACGAUGUAACUCAAGCUGAACUCCACUGUCAAUUUCAUGCACUGGGGGCUGGGGUAAUUGAGGAGGUCCGAGUUCAGAGGGAUAAGGGUUUUGGAUUUGUCAGAUACAACGCUCAUGAUGAAGCUGCAUUGGCCAUUCAGAUGGCUAAUGGAAGAGUAAUUUGUGGGAAGGCUAUGAAGUGUUCAUGGGGUAGUAAACCAACUCCUCCUGGAACCGCUUCGAAUCCAUUACCUCCUCCUGCACAACCAUAUCAAAUACUUCCCACUGCAGGGAUGAACCAAGGGUAUUCUCCUGCUGAGUUGUUGGCUUAUCAGCGCCAACUGGCCCUGAGUCAGGCUGCUGUAUCUGGUCUUUCAGGUCAAGCUCUUCUGCAAAUGACUGGACAGCAUGGCCUAGCUCCUGCUUCAAUGGGCAUAAACUCUGGGGGAUCUCAAGCAAUGUACGAUGGAUAUAGUGGUAAUUCAUCAAGACAGCAGCUUAUGUACUAUCGUUGACACAUUGGUCAGUGCAGAUUUACAGUUGUUGCCUUCUGAGGGCAUUCAUGCGCAUCGCAUUUCACUUUGCUUCUCCACAGCAUAUCCUUUUCAUACUGGGCUUUUUUUUUUUUCAAUUGAGGUAUUGUGGCUUGAUAAAUACUUAAACUUCAUGUCGUGUUGUAAUCUGUAUUGUUCGAUCUAUGAGGCUUUGAUGACUCAAGAAAAGGGAUCUAUGUUUUGCUAGAAAGGGCAGUGAGUUUUAUGUUUGGGUAGUUUUCGUUAAUGCUAUUGUAUAUUAUAAAAGUAUUGACUCGAGUUCUUGUUAUCAAUUCUAUGGUUCAAUUAUUG